GGCUUCUCCAAGCUGGAGGAGCCGCCCGAGCUGAAUCGCCAGAGCCCGAACCCUCGGCGCGCACACGCCGUGCCGCCCACCCUGGUGCCUCUGGUGAACGGCUCCGCCGCACUGGGGCUAAGCGGCCGUGCUGCGGCCACACUGGCCGGGGGGGGGGGAACACCGGGCCUGGGCUCCCAGCCCGCCGAGCUGGGCACCCACAAACGGCCGGCGUCGGUGUCCGGCGCGGCAGAGCACGAGGCUCGUGAGCCGAACAAGGAGAAGGCACAGCCCGCGCACCGGAGCCCAGCCGACAGCUUAUCCGGCGCGUCUGGGGCGAGCGAGCUGGGCGCCGACGGUGCAGGCAAGGGUCGAGCGCCCGGGGAGCAGGACUGGUCCAGCAGGCCUAAGACGGUGCGCGACACGCUACUGGCGCUGCACCAGCACGGCCACUCGGGGCCCUUCGAGAGCAAGUUCAAGAAGGAGCCGGCCCUGACUGCAGGCAGGUUGUUGGGUUUCGAGGCCAACGGGGCCAACGGGUCUAAAGCAGUUGCAAGAACAGCAAGGAAAAGGAAGCCUUCUCCAGAACCGGAAGGGGAAGUCGGACCCCCUAAGAUCAAUGGCGAGGCUCAGCCUUGGCUGUCCACUUCCACAGAAGGGCUCAAGAUCCCCAUCACCCCUACAUCCUCUUUUGUGUCUCCACCACCCCCUACUGCCUCUCCUCAUUCCAACCGGACCACACCGCCUGAAGCGGCUCAGAACGGCCAGUCCCCCAUGGCAGCCCUGAUUUUAGUAGCAGACAAUGCCGGGGGCAGUCAUGCUUCGAAAGAUGCCACCCAGGUUCACUCCACCACCAGGAGGAACAGCAGCAGCCCGCCCUCUCCCUCCUCUAUGAACCAAAGAAGGCUUGGCCCCAGAGAGGUGGGGGGCCAGGCCACAGGAAGCAAAGGAGGACUGGAGCCUGUGCACCCUGCCAGCCUCCCAGACUCCUCUCUGGCAGCCAGCGCCCCCCUAUGCUGCACCCUCUGCCACGAGCGGCUGGAGGAUACCCAUUUUGUGCAGUGCCCGUCUGUCCCUUCACACAAGUUCUGUUUCCCUUGCUCCAGACAAAGCAUUAAACAGCAGGGCGCUAGCGGAGAGGUCUAUUGUCCAAGCGGGGAGAAGUGCCCUCUGGUGGGCUCCAAUGUCCCCUGGGCCUUCAUGCAAGGAGAAAUUGCUACCAUCCUCGCUGGAGAUGUGAAAGUGAAAAAGGAGAGAGACUCGUGACUUUCUGCAUUCAGAAAAGCCCACGGUUACCCUUAACUCAAACUUCUUGAACUGUAUAUAAAUCUCCAUAUAUAUAUAUAUAUAUAUAUAAAUAUAUAUAUCCAAGACAAGGGAAAUGUAGACUUCAUAAACAUGGCUGUAUAAUUUUGAUUUUUUUGAAUACAUUGUGUUUCUAUAUUUUUUUGACGACAAAAGGUAUGUACUUUAAAAGGCAUUUUCUUCUUUUGUUAACGUUAUUAGGCUGUCUGUGCUUGACUUCUCUGGUGACAGUUGCUGUUCUAUGUAGGCUGCGACUUGGCUGCUUUUUUUUUUUUUUUUUUUAAAGAGCACUUGGCAAACAAAUGCUUCUAGCCGUAUUUGUAUGCACUUAUUUUAAAAAAGAAAAAAAAAGCCAAAUACAUUUUUCUGACAUUGUAAGAUUGCCUUACUGUCUGUCAUUCCUCAUUGCUGGCCCCUCUCCCAGACUGGAGGUCAGUUGGUGGAGAAGGAGGGAAGUGAGUAAAAAGGGGCACUUUUGUCAGAAGGGCAUGCCCCUGGGAGAUGUGACCCACCUAGCAGGCCCUAUCGGAAGGUGGGGAGAUGGGGUUUGAAUCUUGUCUUGUUAAUGGUUCAGUUCUUGCAAUACUGAUAGAGGUGCUGCUGAAAGAUUUGCUGGAUUGUGUGUUUGGGAGUUUUUUGGGUUUGUUUUUGUUUUUUUGAAGGCAAGUUGACCCAUGUACACUCUGCCCAUGUGACCAGUUGUAAGAUUUCAAUGCUGCAUGCUCCUUGGUUGCCUCACUGGUGUUUCCUGCUAUAGAAAUAAUUGUACGGGGUGGUGUGCAAAUAAGAUGGCUUUGCUGCCGUUUUACAGCAGAGCCUGGCUCUGCAGCGCCACUCAGCCUUUCCAAACACUUCAGGGCUCUUUACUGUUGCUGUUGCAGGCCUGGUGAACCCUCGGGAUUUGUUUCAUUUCUGUUUUGUUUGUGUUUUGCUCUGUUCUGGUUUGUUUCUUUCAUUUACCUGUCCUGUUCCUGCGGCCAUUGCUGUUGUCAGUAUCCCUACACCCUGUUGUAAUGAGUGCUUACUGUAGUAUAUACAUUGACAGUUAACAGCCCUGGGUGCUUCGAGGAGGGCCUGUGGGCAUAUCAGUGGUGGGGCCCACUGUGGGUAGAGGAAGCCUGCAGUUUCCUUCUUAGAUGUGUCUGAAAUAUUAAGUGUGAAUAAUGCUGUUCUGGAAAAUGACAAAAUAGUGAAAACUACAGACAUGAAGGGUUUUUACAUAAUCAAGCCCCACCUCUCCAACUAUUUUUAGAAGCCUUUUGUAAACUAAUUUCUUUUGAUCACUGUUUUGCAUUGGUGAAGUGAUUGUUUUUUAAUGUAAACAACAGGUCAUUAGUUAUUAGUAGUGGUCGCCCCUUAGUGAUGCUGGGUUUUGUGGGGUUUUUUUUACCCCUUUGUGCUGUUUUGGUUUAAUGUCAACAGGAACACACUACCCUAAACCCUGAUGUGCAGGUGUUUGUAACUUGGCCUUGUAGGCUCAAUCAUGGCUUCUAAGUCUACUAUGGUUAAUGUUUUUUUCACAGCCUGGAUUCUAUUUUAAUUUGAAGAUAUAGGUUAUCACCAGCCUGGGAUCAUUUCUAGUUAACUGGUCUUUUUUUUUUUUUUUUUUUAAUCAGUCUUUUUAAGGUGGUUUCUUUAGUAGUCAAGUUGCUUGAAAACCAGUGACACUGCACCAAAUACAGUAUUUCUUGUUGUGUUUUUCGUAAGUGCACCUUGUCCUCCAGGUUCUUGUUACCAGUCAUUGUGAUGUUACAGACAGGCUUGCGUGGUAGACCAGUUGAUUGUUACUGUGACUCAGAUCCUACUGGUCUCUGAGGCGGAUGUACACACACACACACACACACACACACACACACACACAAAAAAAAAAAAAAA